AUGAGUGGAGCGUCAUGGACGUCACGACGCUCAGCUGGGAUCGCGGCGCUUCUAGCGAUAUGCCUGGUGUCCGCUCUGCCGCUCGCAGGCGCCGCGCAGCCGCAGUCGAAAGUCUGCAGACUCUACCAAAACCCGUUGACACAGGAAUUCAUCGCGCAAUUGCGCGACUACGACGCGCUGGAGGCGCAGGAGCAGCUCGUGAGCAGCUGCAUCAGCUCCGCCGCGUCCGGUUACGGGCUGGAGGUGGCUGGCAGGUCUCCAUUCGCUCGACAGGCGCCCACAGACUUCGUGGUGUUGCGCAUGUUUUACUGUGGAGUUACCAGCAACAUUGAAGCAGUAGGAGGCUCAGUGUGCCAUGGCUCUGAGGCUGCAAUGCAGAAUUAUGAGAAGAAGAAUGCAACGCGGUGGAUUAAGGCUGUCAGGGUGAACCAAGAGUACCGAAAGCUGCAGCUGCUGGGGCUGGACGAGAAGAGAGAGCAGGGACAGAAGCUGCAGACGGUGGGCAGCAAACGCGCGGUGAAUGAGCCGGCGAGAGAGCUGUUUGGACUGAGGAAGGAGUCGGAGUUAUUGGUGGACACGCUUGGAGUGAGAGAGCUGUGGGAUCGAGGAUUUAAGGGACAAGGGGUGAAAGUGGGGAUCUUUGAUACGGGAUUGUCGUCCAAGCUGACGAAUGUGAAGGAGAGGAUCAAUUGGACACAUGAACCAAAGAAUACGGACUCGGUGGGUCACGGAACGUUUGUUGCGGGUGUUAUUAGUGGCACAGAUGCGAAAUGUCCGGGGAUUGCACCGGAAGCGGAGCUGUUCGUGUUUCGGAUGUUUACUGGAGAGCAGCUCUCGUUCACGUCGUGGUAUCUUGAUGCGUUUAAUUAUGCGUUGUUUAAGGGAAUCCACGUGCUCAACCUGAGUACAGGAGGGCCAGACUUCCAGGACCUGCCGUUCGUCGAUAAAGUCCAAGAACUGGCGGCGAAUGGGAUUAUUCUGGUAUCUGCAGUCGGCAAUGAUGGCCCUCACUAUGGAUUGCUCUCGAAUCCAGCAGAUCAAGCAGAGGUAAUCGGUGUUGGCGGUGUUACGAAAAACAACGAGAUUGCUGAGUUUUCCUCUCGGGGGAUGACGACCUGGGAGCUCCCUUUCGGUUCAGGUCGCAUCAAGCCCGACAUUGUCACGCUUGCUGAAGAUGUUCCAGGGUCAGACGCUUCGGGCGGAUGCAAGGUGCUCUCCGGUACCAGUGCAUCAGCUCCGAUCGUGUCAGCGUCGAUUGCUCUUCUCGCCUCGAUGAUUCCUGCAGAACAGAGGUGGAAUUUGAUAAACCCAGCGUCGAUGAAACAGAUUUUACUGGAAAGCGCUGACAGGCUCGAAGCUCGUCGUGAUUCUGAAUAUGUGGUUCGAAAUCACAUCUUCGAGCAAGGAAACGGAGUACUGAAUAUCUCCAAGGCGAGCAAGGUUAUCGAGAAUUUAUGGCUCCGACAUCAGGUCGCUGAAAAUGCUACGCAAAGUGGGAAGGAGAUUGUCCAAAGUGUGCUGAAACCAAGCUCGUUCCCAGACAGGAUUGACAUGACAGACUGCCCCCGCAUGUGGCCAUAUUGCUCGCAGGCGCUUUAUCACAGCGCGUUGCCUCUUAUGGUCAACUUGACCCUUAUGAACUCUGCUUUCGUCGUGGGUACGAUCAAGAAGCCCCCACAGUGGAUUAGUGAUACGAACGGUGACCAUCUUACAGUCUCGACUUCUACACCUUCCGCGAUUUGGCCGUAUUUUGGUUCAGUUGGCGUCUUUAUUGAGGUAAAAGAGAAGGCUGCUGCUUUUGAAGGCAUCGCAAAGGGAGCACUGCGGCUUGAAGUGGAAAACGCCAACCACGUUGACGAGCUCCUAAUUCCUGUGACGAUCAAGAUUGUUCCAACACCUCCAGCUUCCAAGCGCAUUUUGUGGGACCAGUUUCACAAUAUUCCCUAUCCAUCUGCGUUUGUACCGCGGGACAACCUUGAAAACCAGCAUGAUCUGAUGGACGUAGGCGGCGACCACCCUCACACCAAUUACCACCAGCUCUGGAACUUCCUGACUAGCGAGGGCUUCUUCGUGGACAUCUUGCCGUUUGAGUAUUCGUGUUUGGACCUCGGCAAGUAUGGCGCCGUGAUGGUCGUCGACCCCGAGGAGGAGUUCUUUCGGGACGAGAUCAUCGCUCUGCAAGCGGCUAUCAAAUACUCGAACGUGUCCCUGAUCGUCUUCGCUGAUUGGUAUGACAACCGAAUGCUCGACACGCUGGAGCUCUUCGACACGAGCACGUUAAGCAAAUGGCAUGCCAUUACAGGUGGAGCGAAUAUCCCUGCGGUCAACAACUUGCUUCACGACUUCCACAUCGCGCUCGGAGACGGCGUCGUCUACAGCUCCAGCGUCUCGCUACUGAAUUCAGGCAACGACUCGUCAUUCCCGUAUUGGUCCGGAUCGUACCUCACCAACUUCCCCGUGGGGGGAUACCUGGGCUACAUCAACGCUGCUGACCAAAGUGCAAGAACGCUAAACGGAUCCGAGCAGACUUUGAGUGAUGUCCCAGUGCUGGGGUUGUACGAGGUGCCGUCAGUCUACGGCGGCCGCAUCGCUGUCUUCGGAGACAGCUCGUGUCUCGACUCGAGCGUGCAUCCUGCAGCCAAAUUCCGCCAUUGCUUCGGGAUGCUCCGUACCAUUCUCCGCUUCACCAACGAUGCAGUGCUCCCAUCCUCCAUCUCCCCGCAAGACAAGUCGGGAAGCUCCGGCUUGCAGCGUCUGGAGCUCGAGUUCGUAGCGGACAAGUCGCGACUGCAUCCGUUGGUGGACUUGCAGGACGAAAACAUUUGGCAGCUUCGUGCGAGGCAUACAGAGUUUGCCAAGCACUCCAAGGUGCUCCAAGCGAGUGAGGGCAAAACUAUUCAUCGCAGUUUCUGCAAGUUUUACGCCAAGCAGCAGUGCGUCGACGGCCGGCAGCACCAGCGAGUGACCACGCAGACGCUCACCUGA